AUGAGCCAAAGAUUUCUCAUCAACCCAUCCUCUGAUAACUGCCAGUGGACAGAACCCAAGGCUCGCUUCGGGUUCGUCACUCAACUUAGUGAUAAGCAAGUAUGGACCGUCACCAUCACCCGCUCCAAGCGCGGUGUUCGACGCGAGUAUCUCUCGGCUUCCGGGAGCUCCAUGGACGCCUGCUUCAUCCAGCUCCUCACCCUGAGUUCGCAGGCGGCCGCUCACCACAUCAACAACCAAGGAUUCAACUACCCCACCGAAUUCCGAAUCCACGCCCAGGCGAACGCGGAAGGUGAUGACGGGAGCAGCGGCGAAGAGCAGGCAUCCGCUCCCGUAUCAGACGAUGAAAGCGACUGGGGUGAGGACGACUGCGAGGGGCCGGCUUCCUUUGGAAGAAGGCCACCGAAGCCGAGACCUGCGUGUCUCCUCAUCAACGUGCUGGGCGGCCCCUCAGUGGCCAGCGUCCUCACCGAAGUUCUCCCGUCGCAGAAGGAAAUCGAAAAGAAGGCAAGAUUGCUCGUUGAGGAAAGAGGUCUAGACAGCCAUGUCGACGAGAAGGCCAGCCAACGCCAGUGUCUCACAAUCGCCAAAGUUAGCUUCACUGCCGCCUUAGAAAACCAGUAUGACCUAGAACACUUUGGUGACGACCUGUCCGCCUUAUUCAGCAUCAUGAACAACGGCCUUCCCCACUUCUCCAUCGACGUCAAGUAUUCUGAACUACCUUGA